CUGAUCAUGCUGAAAUAUAUAUUUUUAAUUUCGAUUAUACUUAUCCCUUCGGCUAAGGCCCAGCAAGUUAAUCCUAGUCUCGAUAAUGCUGGCAUCAAGAUUCUAUGGUUUGAUCAAAAGUUGGAUCACUUUAACGAUGGCGACAAACGAACUUGGCAAAUGCGCUAUAUGGUCAAUGAGAAAUAUUUUAAGCCAAAUAAAACGAUAUAUUUGUUUUUGGGUGGCGAGAGCACCAUACUCUCGCCCAAUACCAAUGCUUCCAACAUUAUGUUAACCAACAGUCUGAUGCAUGAUGCGGCGCAGAAAAAUGCUGGAUACCUCAUACACACCGAACAUCGCUUCUAUGGAGAAAGUAAACCAACCGCCGAGCUUUCUUUGGAUGAUCUAAAGUUUUUAAGCUCACGUCAGGCUCUGGCAGACGUAGCAGCUCUCAUCAGAAGUCUUAAAUCGGAUAUAUCGCGUUUUGGCAACUCAAAGCUGUUUGUAGUUGGUGGCUCAUAUUCGGGCAUUUUAGUGCCUUGGUUUGCCAAACUAUAUCCGGAUUUAAUAGAUCGUGGCUGGGCCUCGAGUGCACCCUUUCAAUUUCAUCUCGAGUACGAGCGCUAUAAUAUUAUAGUGGCGAGAACUUUGGAACAAAUUGGUGGACAAGAGUGUUAUCGUCGUCUGCAGAAUGGCACUGAAAAGUUGGCAAACUAUUUAAACGAUAAGGACCAAAUUGAAGAAGCCAUGAGAUUACUAAACAUAUGUAACAAGUUCAAUGUUAAUAAUGAUUUUGCUCUUUGGAAUGUAUAUCACAAAAUGGCUCUUGUGUUUGGCACGCUGGUCCAAUUUAACACUGGCACUAACAUACAAGCAGUUUGUAAGGAAAUUUUGCAAGGUUCGAAUGAUGUGGAGGCAGUUAGUCAAUAUAUUGUGAAGCAACUUAAGGAUAAAUCCCAGAAAUGCAUCGACUACAGUUUUAAGACACGUGUGGAGAAUCAUAAAAUUCUAAAAUAUACCACAGAUUCAGAACGCCUUUGGACCUAUCAGAGAUGUAAAGAAUUCGGGAAUUUUCCGACAAGCGAGAAACGUUAUAAGGAUAUGACCAACAAAAUACCCUUGAAGUAUUUCAUAAGAACCUGCUACAUGGUUUUCGGAGAGCAGUUCACUAGAGAGCGCAUAAAGGAGAAUGUGCAACGCACGAAUGCGAUCUUUAAGCAUUUACAUGAUGAGAAUCGCCCAAAAGGAAAUAUAUUCUUUACCCGAGCCAGUUUGGAUCCCUGGGUGGAAGUCGGCUUGCAAAAUAAUUCAAUGGCUGUGCUUUUAAAAGAUGCUUCACAUUGCGAAGACUUGAGGCCCAUCGGUCCCCAUGACUCCAAGCAGAUGAGAGCCUUUAAAGAAAGCAUAUUAGCGGCAGCAGCUGUACUCUAAAAUUACAAUAUUAUUUAACUAAAUGAACUCUUGUAUUUAGAAAUUUAAGGCGCUUGAAGUUAAAACGUAAGCAUCAAACAUGU